CAAUGUUUCUAGGCUCCAGCUUACUCUAUAAGUAUCGCUCGUAUCGAUUGUCAAGACCCCUUGGUGAUUAGAGUCUCGAUGAACGACUUCGCUGAGAGAUUUGCGUGUUGUAUAUACUACAAGAUCUAUGCAAUCGAAUCCAUACUUACUAAAGCCUAAUCUCCUUAUCGCUUUCUUGAUAUCCACACAUGAUCAAAAUUACCUUGAGUUGUCAUCAUGGUUUACCGUGGGAAACCUAGCACAGGCUGUCAAAACUGUCGAUCUAGACAUAUUAAGUGCGACGAAACUCGUCCUCACUGUAAGGCCUGUAUCCGGACCGGCCGGAUAUGCCCCGGAUAUCCGCACCCACUCGAUGUUAUGCUAAGAGAUCGAACGGCCUUUCAACGCAAGAAAAGUAAUGUUUCUAAGACCAGGGCAGUUAAGUCCACAAAAUGCAAAGAGGGUUCGAAAGAGCUGUCUCCUCCAUUGACAGCGUCAGGGACGACUACGUCGCCUUCUACUGCAUCUACUACAUCAUCCUUGAGCUCCCCAGAGGUGGAAAGCUCGCCUGUCUCCGUAAACGUUGUGGGAGCUCUAAACCCUAAUGUUCCAAGCACUUUACCCCUGCCUUUAGAGAGUACAGUUACCUCUUUAUUCUUCAAUUCCUAUCUUUAUCAGCCGAGAGACCCUCUCAUUCGGAUUGGGUUUAUGGAGCUUUUGCCCGAUCGAUACUUCAAUGCCCGGCCUGGAACUCCUUUGUAUCUGGGUACACUGGCCGUGUCAUUGUUUUCUGUCUCGGCCUGGACAGGGGAUCGCUCGUUUCUCGGCUUGGCGGAGCAGUUCUUCGUGAGAGCUUUGUCGAAGACAAGAGUAGCCUUGCAGGGUAACCUUGGUAAAAAUAUGUUCGAGACUAUAAUGGCAGUUCUUUUGCUGUCUGUCUAUGAGGAGUUUUCUGCUGUUAAGGAGCACAGAAUUGCAGCAAAAACUCAUCUGCAAGGGGCGAUUGCCUUGGUCAACAGCGGCUACAUGCCACCAAGUGAGGAUGCUAAUUCGCAAAUAGUAACAAACUCAAUACAAUGUCAAAUUAUUAAAGCCUCGACGGGACCGGCUUAUCCGACCAUCGAAAUGCCAGAUGUGUGGCCCAUGACAGCACCAAUACCGCAGUCUGCAUCCUCACAGCUGACAGCCGCUGCAACUGAGUUAGUAAAUCUUAGGCAGGUGUGGGAUAAGUUCGCAUCACAACCGGAAUUAUACGGCGCAGACGAAAUCAAUCACAUAUUCUCCAUGGCUAUGGUUCUCGACAGCAAACUUUGUGCCUGGACAUGGGCUCUUCCCCAGCAUUGGGCCCCCGUGCCGGCAACCAUGGUACCCCAAUCUGUUCGCGAGGCAGGUAUGUUCAGAAAUAGGUGCGACUGUUAUACGGAGAUGUGGAUAGGGAGCACAUGGAAUACCUAUCGAGAAUCUCGCAUCGUUGUCCAAAACAUCAUCCUCAACUGCCUCCGUCUGCUCCCAAACCUUGGCACACCGGACAGGGUUGAAACGGUGAUAUCUACUAUCAGAGAAAUGGCCACCGAUAUCUGCGCUGCAGUUCCCUUCUUCUUAGGCAGCCAGACAAUGUCUGUUCACUUGGACCCCUCCAAGGUUGAGUAUCCCGAAGCUGAGGAACGCCGGGUGACAUCAGCCCAUCAACAGACAGCUCCCCUUCUUGGUGGCUGGUUAAUUCGGUCUGAACUUGAGUAUCUUUGCUCGCCUGACCUAUGUUUGCCUGAUGAGCAGCAGACUUGGGUUAAGAGCCAGAUGCACAGAAUCUGGCGAAUCUACACAUUCGAAUCCCGGGUUAUAUGAUACUCUGGGAUGAUUGUCUCAUGGGUUUCAGCGUCGAAUACUUUAUAUAUAAUGGAUGACUAUGCCCGGCACAUAAUUUUUCUCUUUCUCUUGUUUAUAUUACAUGAGGUGACCACUGGGUGCCUUGACCUGCCUCAUUUGGCGUAUGCUACGGCAUUGUACUAUAGCCGCCAGAUUACAAUACAUAUAUUAUGAUGGCUGUGGCAUAUCCACGAAACAUAUUGGACUGGAUGACUCAAAAAGUGC